AUGGCUCCUCACGCUGCUGGCGACAAUCCUGCCGCGUCCAAGGCGAGCCUGAUCCAGGUGCACAAUACGGCCACUGCUUUUGUGGUGUCCCAGUCGCCGUUCGGUGCUAUCACCGACCCUUUGGCUGUGAAGGGCGAUGCCUACACUACGCCCAACACGUUGAUCAACCAGGCCAUCUAUGCUGUGGCGCUGAAGAUCUUCUCCUACGCGACUCCUGCUCACCCUAACGCUGUUGACGCUCACAUCAACGCGUGGUCGCAACAGUUUGCCCGGGCCAACUCGUUUGGAGUGGUCCCCUUCUACCACCAACUUCAGGUGAGACUGGGGGCUCUGAACGCGAUCUUGGGUUACUUCGCUAAGCGUGGCACCCACGGCCAACCGGUGCUGGCGGUGGCGGCUGGGCUGGCGUUGACGUACAUGCAACCGGCUCUCCAACAAGCCAGCGGCACUGCCCUCCCCUUGGCGCUUCAAGUUUCAGCUUUGGACGUCGAUGCUGAGCUGGGUGCACUUGUGCUGAACUACGUGGCUCCUCUCGCCGCUGCUCGGGCGCUUGGGUACCCCGUUGUCACGCCUGUCAACGCUCACCUGGCCCAAGAAAUUCAACACUUGACGGUGUUCAACCACUUCCUCGCUGCCGCUACCGGUAGACCUUCGGUCCACUUGUUUGACGGUCCUAACUUUGUCAAGAGCAACACCAAGUUUGAGAAGAUCUUGGCCGUUCCUGAAUUGGCGCUGUUGUACCAAGACUUGUUGACUCUCGGCGGCCUGUUGCAAGGCGACGAUGCCGUGGUACAAGGUAUCGCUCACUUGAACAAGUUGGCACACACCAACUACACUCCGUUUGAGUACUCUGGUCCCACAGCCCCGUCGUCUGUGGUGGUGGUGUACGGAUCCCAUGAAUCGACUCAAGUGGCCGGGGUUCUCGCCACUCACGAACUGAUUGGUGUGAUCAAGGUGCGUGUUCCUUUACCCUUCCUUCAACAACAAUUUGCCGAUGCUCUCCCCAAACUGGCGAAGAAGGUGGUGGUGUUGCUGCCUCCCGGCUCCGCCCUCAAGGCCGACGUCACGCAAUCGCUCUUUUUGACUGGUCGUUACCACGGCGUGGUGAUUUCGGAUUUCGUCUACCCUCAAUCGCAAGUGUGGACUCCCGUGACCGUGGCUAAGACCCUUGAAGCUGCGCUUCAAGUGUCGCCGGAACUGGUGUUGCCCCUGGUGGUCCCCGCCGCCGUCGACCAAGAGAUCACCGCCAACACUUCUCCCGUCGGUAACUACGUGUUGUGGGGUAGCGACCGUGGGUUGCUUGUGCAGACUGCCGACCGUCUCGGCCUCUCGUUGCAGCUUGACUCUUCGAAGCAAGUGCUGUUGCGUACAACGUUCGACAACGGCGUUGCUGGUGGUUCUUUCCAAGGUCAACUUUCGUCGCAACCGGUGGGUGCCGUCCCCGUGCUGGUGGACGCAGCUGACGUCGUCCUUGUCGACGAUGCUCUGGUGUUGCUGAGCUACGACGUUAUUGCUACUGCUAAGCCUGGUGCCACCAUCAUUGUUGGUAUCAACAAGAAGACCGAAGUUACCGCCUGGGUGGAAAAGUUGCCUGCUGACUUCAAGAAGGCGGUGGUGGCCAACCACAACAAGUUGGUGGCGGUUGACUUCACUCAAGUCGAGGAGCUUGACAAGCUCGAUGACUCCACUAAGGGUUCGUCGGCCGACUUCUUGGUCCAAUUGGCGUUCUGGCGGGCUGCGUUGCCCGAAUUGAACGGGUUCAUUGUCAACAAGUUGUUGCAAGCCAACGGCAAAGGAUUUGAAUUGUUAGCAGUAGUGUUGGACAAGUUCAUCUCUAGAGUCGACGAAAUUAACGCCUUGAUCGACGUGCCUCUGCUGCCUGAAUGGUUCCAAGAGGAAGAACCCAAGGUAGAGGAAGAGGAAAAGAAGGAAGGGGAACUGCCGGAAGAGGAAGCUGGUGAAGAAGCCAUCACUCCCGAACUUCCGUUCUUCCCCACGGAAACUUCGUUGUUCUCUAAUCCUCGUGACGCUCCGGAAACCGAAGGCGAAGAAGUGUUCACUUCUUCGGCGCUGGCGGCUGCUAAGCGUCUUGUGUUCUCGGAAGCUUAUGAUGCUAAGCAAGAGUUGCGCCCUGACUUGCCUGUGAAGAACUUUGUCGUCAAGGUCCAAGAAAAUCGCAGACUCACUCCCAACGAGUACUCGCGUAACAUUUUCCAUAUCGAAUUUGACACCACCGGUACCGACCUCAAGUACGAAAUUGGUGAGGCUCUUGGUGUUCACGGUCGCAACCCUGCCGAUGAAGUUGAAAAGUUCCUCGAAUUCUACGGCGUUGACCCCAACUCGGUGGUUGAAGUGACUCAUCGUGACGACCCUCUGCUUGUGGAAGUGCGGUCGGCUCGUCAAGCGCUCACUGAAAACGUCGACUUUUUGGGUAAACCGCCUAAGCGGUUUUACGAACUGUUGGCUCCUUUCGCUACCAACCAAAAGCAGCAAGCUCAUCUUGAAAAGCUUGCCUCGGCUGAAGGUGCGGCUGAGCUCAAGAAGCGGGCCGACGUUGACUUUGUUACUUACUGGGACUUGCUUGAAGAGUUCGACUCCGCGCGGCCUCUGUUUGCUGACUUGGUGAAGAUCAUCGCUCCUUUGAAGCGGAGAGAAUAUUCUAUUGCUCUGUCGCAAAAGAUUCACCCUAAUGCCGUGCACUUGUUGAUUGUAGUUGUUGACUGGGUUGAUCCUAAGGGCAGAAACCGCUGGGGUCAAUGUUCUAAGUACUUGCUGGACCUUGCCGUUGGUUCGGAAGUGGUUGUGCUGGUGAAGCCUUCGGUGAUGAAGUUGCCUCCUCUCACCACCCAACCGAUUGUCAUGUCGGGUUUGGGUACUGGUUUGGCUCCGUUCAAGGCGUUCAUCGAAGAAAAGGUUUGGCAACAACAACAAGGUCACGAAAUUGGUGAAAUUUACCUCUACAUGGGUUCGCGUCACAAGAAGGAGGAAUACUUGUAUGGUGAAUUAUGGGAAGCCUAUAAGGAUGCUGGUCUUUUGACUCACAUCGGGGCGGCGUUCUCUCGUGAUCAACCGCAAAAGAUCUAUAUUCAAGACAAGAUCCGUGACACUAUUGAGGAUUUGACCGACGCCAUUGUCGCCAAAAAUGGUUCUUUCUACUUGUGUGGUCCUACCUGGCCCGUGCCCGAUAUCACCGCCUGUCUCGAAGAUAUUGUUAGAAAUGGUGCCAAGCGUGAAGGCAAGGAAAUUAAGGAUGUUGCCAAGGUGGUAGAAGACAUGAAGGAAGAAGGCAGAUACAUCUUGGAGGUGUACUAG